GCACUGCAGCCGCCGCCGCCCACAACCCAACACCAGCGCCUCCCCACCUCCGGCGACCGCCACCACCGUCAGGAUGGCUUCAAAAGUGGCGCGUCACCUCUCUCUCCUCUCUUUUCGUCGAUCCCUCUCUCCUCUCUCUCCAUAUACCCCUCUCUCCUCUCUCUUCGUUGACCCCUCUCUUUGUCGACCCCUCUCUUCCUUGACCACUCCCUCCGUCGACCCCUCUUUCCGUCAUUCCCUCUCUUCGCCCCCGCUCGCUCUUUCUCCUCGGCUCUUAACAGCCCUCCCAAGAAACCCCAUGAAGAUCGAAUUCAUUACAGUCCUGGUUGUGAUUACGAACACUGGCUCGUUGUCAUGGAGGAUCCCGAGGUUGAGCCUAGCGGCAGUGAUGAGAUGAUAGACUUGUUUAUCAAAACACUAGCUAGGGUUAUUGGAAGUGAGGAAGAAGCAAGGAUUAAUAUCUACUCAAUCUCGAAAAGCCCUCGUUAUGCAUUUGGAGCAUUGGUGUCUGAAGAUAUUUCAAUCAGUCUUAGAGCAUUGCCAACAGUGCGUUGGGUGAUCCCAGAUGCGUACGUUGACGUGGAAAACGAAAAGUAUGGAGGGGAGCCUUUUAUGCCCCAUGUAAGGAGGGAGAAGGUACAUAAUCAAUAUGUCAAGAAUGUGCAGAAUCUUGGACCCAAGAUCACUUCUUACCCACUCUCAAAAAAUCCUGGAGGUGUCCCAGCCAACAACAUGGCAGGACCGUCACCCGGUAGUAAUAUGUGAGAUGCACAGAAGAGAUAUGCUAAACUCUUAGUAGGCAGGCUGUAGAUACAAUGAUGAAAGUUUUAUGCAAUAGGGUCUAUCUUACAAACAUUUUAAUCGUUUUCAAGUUGCAGGUACACUUAUGAAUGUUGUUUUGGUUUACUGUUGACCUUUAAGAGCGUUUUGGAAUAUUGUUCAGUGUUUGUCU